AAAAUAAUGAUUAUAUUAAUGAAUUAAUUACUGGAUCGAUUAGUUCAUUAAAAAUAGGAAAUUCACUUGGACUGAUCACAAAGAAAAUUAUUCUUCCAGUUCUCUCCUUCAUUGUCAUCAAUAAUACCUAGUAUAACAGUAUAUACAAGAUUUAAUUGAAAUUUUACCAAUGACCUUGUGUACACUAUCAACUUAUUCAUCAUCAACACAUUUUUCUUAUCCAGUCAUUUUUAUUGUAUUGUUAUUUUGUACAUUUUUAUUACCACCAAUCAAUUCUAUUGGUUUUCGUGGCCCCAUUGAUCAUAAUAUUUUUGCUGAAAUUGAAGGUGAUGCACCGAAUUCCUCGAUAUGUCGACGUAUGUUUACUAAUAAUACCGAUACGGAAAUUCGUUGUUUAAUUGCUAAACAUUUUCCAGGAUGUCAAUUUGAUUCAGGCUUUUUACAAUAUCUAAGAUUUCAAUAUUGUAAUUUUGAUGAACGUAUCACUCCAACAAUAUUUAUGGUAUUUUGGCUUAUUAUAUUAUUGGGAGCAUUUGCAACAAUAUCGGACUCAUUCUUUAGUACUUCUCUAAUUGCUUUGGCUCGAAGUUUACGGAUGAGUCAAAAUUUAGCGGGAGUUACACUUUUAGCAUUUGGAAAUGGAGCUCCAGAUGUUUUUAGUGCAGUCACAGCAAUUACAACUGGUGAUCCAGAUGCACCAGAUGAAGGACUUGGAUUAGGAUUUUUAUUAGGUUCUGGUCUUCUAGUAAAUACAGUUACAGCUGGAUUGGUGAUAUUUUUAAAGCCAUUUAAAAUUAGUCGUAGACCAUUUUUAAAAGAUACUAUAUUUUAUAUGAUAGCUGUCAGUUGGGCUGCAUCAAUUUUGAUACGUCGAAAAAUUUAUUUUACAGAUGCUAUUGGAUUUUUAGUAUUCUACUUAAUCUAUGUAUUAACCACAUGGAUUAGUAGUACUUACAUGCAUCGUCAAAGAACAAAUGGCACCAACAGUAUUAUACCAUUGUUUUUACAAAAAACUCUAUCAAAACCAUUGAAUGCUUUAAGUCGUAAACGACGAAGCUUAUUACAAACAUGUAAACGUAUUUGUCCACAAUUUACUUUUUUGCGAAGAAUUCGUAAAAAAUUCAACUUUUAUCGAUUUAAAAAAUCUCAACCCUUGCAAAAUCAUAUAAUUAUUGAAGAUGGAAUGAAAAAUUUAUAUUCAGGUGUUGUUAUUUCUGAACAAGUAGCACCUCUUGAAAAACCAAAUUUAUCAACACUAACCAAGCUGAAUGGAAAUGUUGGAUCAGUAGAUCGACAAAAAGUAAUCAUUCCUAAUAUUCAUGUCAGUGAUAAACGAUUGAAUAGUAGACAGAUAAAUGCACCAAAAAUUGAAAUCACUUCACCAAAAGAUAUCAGUGAAUGUAAUUCACAUCUGGAUCAUUCAUCAUAUAUACAUGGUGAUGGCGAUGUUAGUGCUGUUAAUCAUGAAAGUCCACAUUUAUCAUCUGAUUUCGGCGAUUUUAAUAAUUAUUUAAAUCCAAAUAAUGGAGUUAAAAAACGAGCAUCUUCAUUAGUUUCAACUGAACCAAUGUCAAGUGAUCGGCGUUUGUCAACUGAACAUUCUGGUAUUAGUCGUGGACGUUGUCGCAGAGCACAAUCAGUAUUUAGACGAAGGCCUAGUACUAGGAUGAGUUCAACAGGAUAUGAGUUAUCAUAUAUGGUACGAUGGAUUAUAGCAAAUCGUGAAUUGAAGGAAAAGUCUAUGGGCUCCCGAGAUGGAGAAACACGAAGAUCACAGAAAUCUUCACCUUAUGAUCCGGAAGAACAAAUUCAUGAGAAUAUAACUUCUGGAAAUAAUUUAUUUAGUCGUAAAGGAUCACGUCAUACAUCGAAUAUGACAAAUACACCAGGUUAUAUGCAACAAUCACCAACAUUAUCGGAUUAUUCAGUUGAAGAAGAGGAUACAACACUACCUAAAUCAUCUGUUUCAUUGAAAAAGAUCAAAUUAAAUAUUCUACCAUCUGAUUUAGAAAAAGGUAAACAACAAAUCACAGAUAUUGGUGAAAAUGAUCUGAAACUAUCGAGUACUUCUCCAAAGUUCCCUCAUCAAGAAGGUAGUUUUAAAGAAUAUGAAGAUGUAAAAGAGGCAGCAAUCAAAGAGGAAGAAGAAGACGACGAGAACGACAAUGAUGAGGAGAUUGAAGAAGAAGAAGAAGAGGAAGAAAUGUCUUGGUUAGAAAAAUGGGCUAUGAAAGGUGUAUGGCAUCAUUUUGCCUAUUAUAUGAUACCAAUUGAUGUAGAAUCAUGGCCUCAACAAUCAAUCUUUAGUCGUUUCUUACAAAUUUUACAAACACCAAUAUUUAUAGUCUUCAGAUUAACAAUACCAACUGUAAUAGAAGAAUUAGCAGACAGCACAGAAAGAGAGGUUUCAGUUGAAAAAUCAAAUGUUGAACAGAAGAAAAUUGAUGAACAACCACCAUCUCGAGAAAUAACAACAAUUCCAGAAGAGAAUAAAUUUACAUUGAAUUCUACUACUAGUCAAUCUGAAUCGAAUCAUCAUAGUACAGAAUUUGUUACAGAGAAAAAAACUGAUAAUGAACCGAUUGCAGUGAAUUUAGAGUUAAUGCAUGGCUGGUGUAAACCAUUGAAUGUUUUUCAAUGCUUAAUUGUGCCAGCUUUAUGGCCUAUGUUAUUGACAGCUAAUGGUAAAUGUAUUGGAUUAUCACCAAUUGGAAGAACUCCAAUACCAAUAUUUUGUCCAUUUCUAGCAAGUGGAUUCAUAAUUGCAUUGACAGUGUUUUUCACUUCAAAAUGGAAUCAACCACCAAAACAUUAUCAUAGACCAUUUUUUGCUACACUUGGUUUUAUUACAUCAAUUAUAUGGAUAUAUGCAUUAGCACAUGAAUUAGUAAAUUCAUUAGAAACAUUAGGUAUUGUAUGGGAAAUUAGUGAAGCUAUACUAGGACUUAGUGUUAUGGCAUUAGCUAGUUCAAUUGGAGACAUUAUGUCGAAUUGCCUAUUGGCUCGAAAUGGUUAUCCUAGAAUUGCAUAUGCCGCUUGUCUUGGUUCACCAUUGUUUAAUUUACUUCUUGGUGCUGGUCUAUCGUAUACUGUUAAAAUUGGAAGAGCUGAGGUUGGACAUGCAUUCUUGUCAUUUACACUGACUCAAGCAUUACUAUUCUCUUGUCUAUUAGCAGUGCUUACAUUAAAUAUUUUAACAGCUCUAAUAGGAAGGUUUCAAUUUUAUCGUUAUUAUGGUAUUGUAUUAAUCAUUAUCUAUUUAGUAUUUGUCACAACUGCUAUACUCAUUGAAGUGGAUGUUAUUGUUUCACCAGUUAAUUGGCAUUUGGCUACUGGAACAGAAUAAAUGUCAAAUAUGUUACCAAUAUUAUGAAUACACGGAUAAAUAUCAUUGUUAUAUAUACAUAUAAGUGAAUGUUAAUUUUUAACAAGAAAUUUACUUAUACUGAAAUUUAAAAUAAUCAUUACAUUUAAUUAAUUAAUUAAUUGUAUUAAUUAAUUAUGAAUAACAA